UUUCUAUUAAGCCUGGCAGCAACACAGUCGAAUGAGCCUUCUUCACGGAACUGAAGCCUAUCAGAACAGGGUGGGCGUUUCGGAAUAUUUCGGCGUGUAUUUGAGUCUCGGCGUCUAAUAGAGGAAAUACUGUAUGUUCAAUUAAACUUGGCGGCAGCAGAGAGUGGAUUGAGGCUUCUUAACGGGGCUCAUACGUAUCAGAAGGGAGAUCCCGGGUGGCGUCACCUUCCUCUGUCAUUGUAGAGGACAACGUACUGUGGGUGCUGACAGAUGUCAGACAUUUAGAAACGGUGUAUGGUUGCUUCAUUGUACGAAGGAGACAAGGGGGACAUUAACUGUUCACAGACGACUACAUCAUGGUGGAUAUCAGACUGUACUCCCAUUCUAUAUGGACGCACUCGAGAACGCCAAUCUAUACAGACUACUAUCUAACUGACAAUGAGAUCCGUGCCCCCUAUCACCGAGGGCGUCCCUGGGGCUAUAAUCGGGUGAGGGGUCGAGAUGUGUGGCGGGAUUUGCAGGAGAGACGACGGUGGACAAUCGCAAGCGUACCCAACUGGUUGCUGAACAUAAAUGUCAACACAAGCGAAGGGACAACCCGCAGCAGUGGGAACAUCCCGAACGGACAUCCUCAUGGCAUCUACUUUAAAAACAGGAUCAGACGCCCGUGCACAGUGGUGAUUCCUGAUCCGUAUCCCUUUCUUAACGUGAAUAUCCGAGACGGUGUCUUCCUUCUCGAGGAGCGGGCCAAGUUGGAGCGUCUCGGACGGCAGUCACCGUUCUCUCCUGCUGUCAUUGCAAUACACCUGGAUCUCCCCGAUGAGGAACCUUUCAGAAAGUUUAAGGACUUGUCAAACCAUCUUGCCCGUGUAGCGGAAGUACCGGAUGAUAGAGGGUUCUUCUUCUGGUUCAUCAAACGUCAGAGAGGACAAUGGAAUACACCAGUUAAAGACUCAUCUCUUUAUUUCAUAGAUUUCAACGUGAAACACAUGAAGCACAAGUUCCACGCCAGGGAUUGUAUCAAGUUCGUAGUAGUCAUUGGCAGAAGGGAUCCUCCACGCCCUCCUUAUCCUCCACAUCCUCCUCCUCCUUCUCCAUGCAUUGGCAGAAGGGAUCCUCCACGCCCUCCUUAUCCUCCACAUCCUCCUCCUCCUUCUCCAUGCAUUGGCAGAAGGGAUCCUCCACGCCCUCCUUAUCCUCCUCCUCCUUCUCCAUGCAUUGGCAGAAGGGAUCCUCCACGCCCUCCUUAUUCUCCACAUCCUCCUCCUCCUUCUCCAUGCAUUGGCAGAAGGGAUCCUCCACGCCCUCCUUAUCCUCCUCCUUCUCCAAGAAACCAAGAACCAUUCAUUGAUCCUGGUCCGACCUUUUAUGAUGGUGAGGAAGUUCUGGCCCGAUGGGAGGAUGACAAAUGGUACUACAAAGGAAGGAUCGCCCGGCGCUAUGAUGUGAACAACUACUACUGCGUGAAAGAUAGCACAAGCCAAUGUGACGUCAUCAAUUGGGAGGAUAUCAUCCGGGCAACUGACCAUUACGACGCUGUGUCUCCUGAUAAGAGAGACCGUGUCCAUGUGCUGGCCCCCCAUCCUGUAUAUUACUGGAGCUACGCCCCUGGCCGGGUCAUAGAAGCGAUUGGUCAGAAACUGACUGUCCGGUUCUAUGACAACAAGCUGAUAAACAUCGAGAAAUGGGACGUGUAUCCUGCCAGGAACCGGGAGAAAUAUCUCAAGGACGUGGAGGACAUUCAACAGCGAGACUGGGAGGGGAAGGAGGCCGUUAUCAGAGACGAGUCAGGGGUGUACAGACCGGGUAGAGUAAACAAACAGAUAGGAUGUCAGCCGAUGUACAACGUAACAUGGCAGGAUGGUCAGUGCGGGGAACAGAUGUCCAUCCACAUCUAUGGAACCUACAACAAGACGAUCAAGUUCAAGGUCGGCAGCUACAUCCUGGCACUCGUUGACAGCGACAGCGCGCAUUUCCUUCCGGGUCAGGUUAGGAAGGUCACAACCUUAGGAGAUGCAGACCUACUCGAUGUCGUCUUUAUCGACGGCCGAAGGUCAAAGGAUGCCCUCUCCACGGAUAGUUACUGGAUGAAUGAGAUGGCCUACAUUGAGGCGGAGAAUGAGUUUCUGACGCAUCACCCCGACAGUAGUGACGAGGAAGAGUACUCUCGUUAAGAGUAGGCUCCUCUCAGCUCAUCUCUUUGUCAUCUCGGAAAGCAUCUCUGGAGGAAUCCAUAUUAGAACUAGAUGCACUAGUUUCACAAUACACGUGACUAUGAUAUAAUAUUGUAGGCGUCGUGCCCCUUAGAAAUGCCUCCAUAUGAAAUUGAAUAUCUAAUUCAUACGAACUACCUGUAUAUAUCGAGGUAGUUUAAUUAAAACUAUGAUCAUAACCAUUUUUCAAAAGCAUCAUGCCACAAAAUAUAUAUUUCAGACAUUCAUAGUAUCCUAACAUACAAAAAAAUAGUAGGUAGAGUAAAACGUUACGGACGAGGAAGAACGGGGCUGUGGUUUAACCUUUUGGUAAAAGCGUUCGCAGAAAAAGGGAUAACAAUCCUCUUUGCAAUUUUAUCAGGCGUGUUUUCCACGAGCGUCAUACGACUCUUGCUCAAAAGUUGUUUAAUCAAGAUUACAACAUUCAAAACCCCAGUAAAGUUUUCCAAUCGUUUUAUGGUAGACACGUGGAGGACAUGUAGAUGCUCUAUGCAGUUCCCUAUUUUGACUUAUACCAUAUGUUCCCGUGUUUUUAUCGGGUGAACGAUUAACUUGCCUUUGCAUGUGUUUGUGACGGGUUCCACCGUUGGGACUGGAUACGUUCAGUUUUUCGCAAACACCUGGUGUCAUCACUUUUUGAUAGUCAUUCAUGAACAUGUGCUCUUGAAUCUAACAUCUAGUCUCUUAGAGAAAAAAACCAGUUGUUAAAUUAUAGUUGUAAAAUAUAAUAAAAAGGAGCCUAGAGACUUUCUUCAUUCUCAUACUGCAGUAAUACGACUUAUAGACUUGCAUGGGCUGUAUUGGGUAUAUUUGUUUCAGGGUCUUUAUGAUAGACUAGUACAAUUGACUGUACGUUUAAUUUUUUAAUAGAAAAGUUUGACUUCGUUUUGAAUAUCAGUUAGAUUAUCGAGCAAACGCCCAUUUGAAUUUUCUAUUUUAGUGAAUGAUUUAUUCAGAAAAUUUCUCGACUCUAGACUCAGAAAAUAGGAGGUUGGUUUUUCACCCUUUUCUAUCCAGGUUGCUUUUGCUCUUAUCAUUUGCCCUUGAGUUUUUACCCUUAUAAUAUCUUCUAGUUCUAGUUGCAAUUUCUUGAUUUCGUUCAAUAAAGUUUGUUUCAUAUCUUCUUUUUCACAUUCGUCCAAUUUAAUUUCUUUACAUUGUAAUGUUUCCAAUAGUUCCUGUUCUAUUUUAUUUCUCACUUUUUUCUUGUAAGAAGAGUACUUUAUGGUUUCUCCUCUUAUCAUUAAUAAAAGAGUUUCAAAGAAAAGUUGUUCAUCGAUCGAAAAUUCAUUUGCAGAAUCACUAUUAUCAUUUUUGUAUUGUUGUAUAGUUUCAGAUAUGACAUUUCUUAUUUUUUUCACAUAAUCUGGAUCUCUCAAAAGCGAAUUGUUGAAUUUCCAAUACCCUCUCCCCCUUUGCAUAUCUGACAAAGAGAAUGUUAUCGAUACAGGGGAGUAAUCUGACUUGAAACUGGGUUCAAUAGAUGUAUUAGUUAUAGAUGAUAACAUAUUGUGGGAAACUAAGAAAUAGUCGAGUCGAGCCUGUUUUAGCGGAGUAGGCUGUCGCCAGGUGUACCUUCUGUCUGCAUGGUGACUGUAUCGCCAAGGGUCAAUUAGGUCGAGUUCAUCUUUGAACUGCUCAAUACGCUCAUGGGCAUUUUUAUUAUUCAUCUGCUUGUAAUUAUAUGUAUCCAUAAAGAAAUCUUGGACUACAUUCCAAUCGCCACAAAUUACAAUGUGAUCGCUGCUUAAAGAUUUUGUCAACAGGUUCAGUUCUUCAUAAAACUUCGGAUCAUCAGUAUUUGGUCCAUACAAAUUUAUCAAUCCAAGUUUAUAUUUAUCUAUCGUGAUUUCAAUUGUACUCAUAUUGCCCUCAUCAUCACAAAAGAUAGUGUUAAGAUUAAACGCAAGAUUAUUUGAAACGAGUAUGGCGACACCACGAGCGUUACUUUUAUAUGAGCUAAAGAAGCAAUGUUUGUUACCCCAUUCUUGGCAUAUUGUCUGUUUCAUAUCUUCAGUAAAAUGUACAUCUUGCAAACAGUAUAUUGUGGACCUUUUACGCUUAAGAAAAUUAAAUGUCUGUUGUCUUUUAACCCUGUCAUGAAUACCCCUACAGUUCAUUGAUGUCAUCUUGAUCUUUUCCGUCAUUGCAGAUUUUGAUAGAUUCAUGAAACAUGGCAGACUGCAGCAAAGUGAUAUAAUGAUAUACCGUAAUGGGGGCCAUUAAUCCUUGUAGUAGCACUAAAGUGAUGGAAAAUAUAACUAUACUUUUUUCUUGGUUCAUGUACAUUUGAAUGAAGUAGUGCAACAAAUUGAAAGAAAUAAAACAAAGUAAAAACAAACAUUUCAUAGGUAUCUGGUAGUUUUCGGCCCACGGAUAAUAGCAAUUGUGUGACUUCACCAGUUGAAAUUUUGAUUUACUAAUGUAACAUUAAUUGGAUACUCACUGAUAUCUUGUAGUACAAAGUCCAUGUGAAUCGAACCUACAUAGGAAUAAUAUCCUUCAAAGUAGUUAUUGAUCCGUCUUUAAUUCAUAAUGAAUAAUAUCAGCUCCACCAGUGAUUAAUCCGUAUGAAUACACAUGGGGAAAGAAACACUGAUACAAGGCCUAUCCUCGGCCACGUGGUAGCAGGUAAGAAAAGCCCGCGUGAAGUUAUCAACUUCCGGCAGGAACUACUUUUCAGGCAGUAUCGUCUAGACUGAGUGAGUGAGUAUGGUUUUACGCCGCUUUCAGCAAUUCCAGCAAUAACACAGCGGGGGACACCAGAAAUGGGCUUCGCACUUUGUACCCAUGUCGGGAAUCGAACCCGGGUCUUCGGCGUGACGGGCGAACGCUUUGACCAUUCGGCUACCCGACGGCGGUCUGUAAAUAAUCGAGUCUGAACCACACAAUCCUUUGAUUGACAUCAUGAGCAUCGAUCCACGCAAUUGGGAUCGAUGACAUGCAUCAACCAAAUCAGCAAGCCUGACCACCCGAUCCCGUUAGUCGCCUCUUACGACAAACAUAGUCACCUUUUACGGCAAGCAUGGGUUGCUGGAGACCUAUUCUACCCCGGAUCUUCACGGGCCGGGGCACAUACUGAACAUUCGUGAGUGGUCCGACUUAGGGCCUGUUUUUAUAUAAUACUGCUGCCGCAUAUGUGCCAUUGUAUUGCCUUUUAUGAAUGUAAACCCUAUCUUCUUCUUUUUUAAAAUAAUUUGUUAAUUUUCAUUCAUCUUGUGUCCUUUUUUACCGAUUUCCCCAGCUAGUUCUGUGCGUACCCAUGUCUGUGUUGACCUUCGCGUGUCAAUUUGGGGAUCAACUCGCAACAAUUGCAACUCUAACAUUUCUGAGAAUUAACCCUGAAAGAAACACAUUCCUCAAAGAGGUGUCGUGGAGAGUUACGUCCCUCAGCAUACCAGGAUCCUCUGUUCACGAGUUUGAAUCCCAUAUACACACUAAUUAGGAUCCUUUAUCUGUCAGCACCAUACACAUGCCGCGUCAUCGUUAAUCCAGUUCCCGGGGGCACGGGUGGCCCAGUCGUCUGAGGCGCCGCGAUUCGCUGUGCAGAGUUGCGUCCCUUGGGCACGCCAGGUCAUGUUUCUAGGUUUGCCAACACCAUACCCGUGCUCGUGGGUUUCACCGAAGUGGUAAACGUCUGAGACCUGCAUCACUUCGGGCUUUCCUCCCACAAGCCGUCAUGUAACUGGCAUACUGUUAAAAGUGGCGUUAACCCCAACUCACUCACUCACUAAUCCAGUUCCCUCACUCACACAAUAAACUCACACGCCGUGAUUUUACUUGGACACUGAUCAUAAUGGCGUUAAAUCCAACUCCCUCACUUACUCAGUCGGCGGUUUUAGAUAAACUACCUCUUGCAGAAAUUCUUUUGCAAUUUUAGCGGUUCCUUCUAUCUUUAUUGUGUUCAAUAUAUAGGUUGAUUAUGUAGAACAAAACUGAACGAUCGACGAAAAACAAGUACACCGGUAAGAGCAACAGCAAAGUUAUUUCGUUUGUAUAUUCCAAAUAUACACUCUUGAUAACUAUUGAAAAUUAACAGCUGUGCAUGUAUUAAUAACAAUAAUUGAUACAAUAAAUGUUUUCAGUCAG